UCACUGCCCCCGAUCAACUACCAUCUGUUAUCUGUAAGGUUUUCUGUGCUCUGAUUCUCUGCAUAACUCCAACUGUCAUAGACUACUCUAUAGCUCUAUACAGCAGAGGCCAUUCAGUUGUCUCUAUUGAAUCAGAGAAAUACACAGACAGACCCCAAUCUGACUGAGGGAUGACCAGAAGCAUAUUUGCGAACCUUCCUUCACAGAGGAAGAAGGGCAGAGAGGCUCUCAUUCCAAGAUUCCAUCCUUCAGAAGUCUCCAUUGCUACAUCCCCGUCUUUGCCAACUUGUCUUGCACAACAAAAUUCC